AAUUUUAAACUUUUACGGCUUUUUAUGUCAUCCACAACCCGCCCCCCUCUUGUUAGGGCCUUUUCGUCCUCUAACCAUAGAGGCUUCUCCUCUCUCGCUCUGGAAUCUCAUUAGAAUUAUUCUUCAGCAUCUAUCUUUCAAUCUUUGCAUUUCUUUCUUUUUUUUCUUAACCUUUAGCUUUGUAUAAAUUUUAGAUUAUAUUUCAUUAGAUUAGAUUAGAUUAGCAGAAACUGGUAGAUCACCAUGACUUCAUUCAUCAACGUCGACGCUCCCCAACUGCCUACCGCUCUUUCCCAUUUAGCCAUUCAAGAUCAGGUGGAAGUGGAAACUAAGGUGGAGAUUCAUGAAAAACCUUGUGGCAAUCAUGGUGGAGUUUGUGCCAUAUGCUUGGAUAAGAUUGUGCUUCAGGAAACUGCUCUUAUAAAAGGUUGUGAGCACGCCUACUGUGUGACCUGUAUCCUUCGAUGGGCCACAUACAGUGAGAAACCGACCUGUCCUCAAUGUAAAUAUCCAUUUGAGUUUCUUAAUGUUCAUCGUUCUCUUGAUGGCAGCAUCCAGGAUUACAUGUUUGAAGAAAGUGUGUGCCUCCUGCUUAGAGCUGCAUGGUUUAAACCUUUGAUUGUAGAGGAUCAUCAUGAAGAUGUUUAUGAUGAUUUAGAGGAUUAUUAUCCAUAUGAAUAUGAGGAUGAUGAGGAUGAUUUAGAUGAAGUUUACUUAAGCCAUUCACCAAACCUUCGUAUUGGUAAUCGGAGGUGGGGAGACAAUGGGUAUGUUAGGGCAGGGCGUCAAGAAGCAAGGCCGGUCUAUCGACCAAACAGCCAGGACUCAGGUGCUAGUUCAUCACGUGAUCCAAAUAAGAAAGAGGCUCCAAAGGAUAGAACCGGCCGACGUGCAAAGAGGACACUUAAGCGUGAAGCUGCUGACAAGGCAGCCGCGGCAAAACAUCAACAGCACUUGGCAAGGUUGGGCCGGAAGUGAUUCUGUGUCUUGUCCCUGUCUCUUUAUGCAAUUAGUUCAUAAUCCUGAAACCAUGAAUCUGGUCUUUGUACAGUAUUUCCUUUUCUCUUAACUUUGUGAAAUAAUGACAUGGUAAUGAGUCGGGCAUCAUGGGUUUAAGUGGGUCGUGUAUCAUUCAAAAUUUAAUCUUCAAUCAUUCAAAAAAUCUCAGAAUCCUGUUCUGAAUCUCUAUUACUAUUCA